AUGCAGCGUGGGUGUGGCACAGUCCGGAAAAGGGCCAAGUUGUUUUGCUCUCUUGCACCGGAUUUCGCGAAUUUCCCCGCAAAGAUUGGCCAAGUGGUGGAAAAAGUCAGUGCACCUGGUUUUAGCCUGCUGAACAGCAAUCAAACCGAGGCAGUACGGGCAGGUAUUGUCAUGGUUGUGUACCCGAAACUCCUAGCAGGCGCAUAUGCUUCGAUUCGCACACUGAGAGAGGUGUUGCGUUGUCAAUUACCGAUCGAAAUCUGGUUCCGACCGGUUGAGAUGCAGAAUGUGCCUGCUGGGCUCAAGCUAUUAAAAGAGGCUGCAAAGGUGGAUGCAAUGGAUGGGGUCACAUUUCGAGCGAUUGAUGAUUUGCGUGCGGUUCGUUUCGCAGCAAAGGUGCAUGCGAUCUACAAUAGUGCUUUCGACCAAGUGCUGUUCCUGGAUGCGGACAACGUUCCAGUGCGUGACCCGGCGUUCUUAUUCGAGUCUGAAGAGUUUGUGGGAACUGGAGCUGUGUUUUGGCCGGACUAUUGGCACCCGCAUCACACUAUCUUUCACCUCGUUGAAGACUCAUUGUUGUGGCAAAUGCUGGACAUGCAGUACGUUGACAUGUUCGAGCAGGAAAGUGGCCAGCUGUUGAUUGAUCGAAGACGCCAUGCUGCCGCCAUGGAGCUCGUACACUUCUACGCUUCUCAUACUCCUGACCUAUUUAAGCAUCUCGAUCUUCUGUGGGGGGACAAAGACCUCUUUCGAUUCGCUUGGAUCGAGUUGAACGCUCCGUUUUUUAUGGUUCAAACUUUACCUGCAGUCGCUGGCAAGCUUGUGAAUGAGUCGUUUUGUGGUAUGACUAUGGUUCAGCACGAUUUUAAUGGGAACGUGCUGUUCAUUCAUCGCAACACCAACGAACUGACUGAACGACCACAACGUAACAACGUGAAUCACGUGUUUGGUCCUCUAGAACCCGACAACCUACCGGAUCCAGUCAUUGGGACGCAUCCGUGGUCUUUUCGAAACUCGUCGCGUCGGAAUGAUUACAGAAUUGAGUCAUACAGAGCACCUCCAGAAUUUCCCGAGUGGCAACGGUGUUAUGGCAAGCGCCACCUUCAUAACAACGAGUUGUUUUACACACAGAAAUUUGAAGACCUGAGCUUUUUUGAACUUGGGACGCACCUCAGGCGUUUCGCUAUAGAAGGUAUUCAACAGCUUGCGAAACUUGAUGCUGCAAUGAAGAAGGACACACGCUAG